AUGGACACGUCUACAUCAAUGGUGAUCGGAUUUGACCACAGUAUGGAAGAUCAUCGUGAAGAAAAUGCAACGCAGGCCCUCAGCGACUGGAAUCAACUCAGUGUGGCAAGGAUAUCUACGGCACAAUUAGCUGGAAAUAGCAGUGCUACAGCUCACGGAUCAGGUGGAUUUGAACGUCUUCCCCGACACGAGAGGUGGGCCACCGCAGGAAUGGACCGCGCCAUCCCGAGCAUCGUCGCGUCAAUCCUCACGACCUCUUCCCAAAGCACGAUGAGUGGUGAGUCCACUUCGGUUGCGUCUUAUAAUAUGGGAGCAGAACCCGUUAGCGAUAAUAGGGUCCAUGAUAUGUUCACGGUAUUCCGGGAAGUUUUUAAAGCCCAGAGCGUGGCUAACGUUACUAAGUAUAACGGCAAAAACUCCCUGAUGGAAUUCUUGCGCGCAUUAGAAAUAAAGUUCCCUCCAGCGGUGUGGACUAAUGCGGACAGGCGAGAUAUACUUGUGAACCAUUUGGAAGGUACAGCCCUAUCAAUUUUCAAAGGAUUGCCGCCUGGGGUCAGGGAAGGGACCUACGAAGGGGUAGUAAGUGCCUUGAAGGCAGCCCGUAGGAAUCCUUGUGAACAACUGAGGAACGUGAGAGAGUGGGAACACCUCUCGAAAAAGUCCAAUGAAUCAGUUGUCGACUUCUGCUGUCGAAUGGAGGACCUGUCUAGGAGGAUCCAUCCUAGCACUGAGUGGGACUUCAUAAGGGGAUCGAAGCUGUACUCUUGCCUGCAGCAUUGGCAGAACUCCUAUUACAUGCUGGAGGCAUUGGAUGCGCCAGAGGGACAAGUUUAUGAGGAAGUUAAGAAAGUAGCCACGCGUUUGGAAAAGCUGCAGUUUGAUUCAGCAAGCCAUCCCUCAAGUAGCUACCGCGGUCGUUUCCAGAAAAGGGACAUAGAACGAAAAGAGAUAGAGUCUCAGAAAGCCUUUGAGAAAGGGGCAGGUCAGCAGACCGGAAGUCAGUUGUUUGCGAGGCCCUUACAUAAGUGUUAUAUUUGUGAUAAAGAGGGGCAUUUAGCAGCAGAUUGCAAUAACGGAGAGACCUUAGGCGGUAUUUCCCUGUCUAGUGAACUGGAAGGAUGGUGUAAAACCGUCCGGAAGAGGUCGAAUAGCACCCAACCGCUAGCAAUGGGUCAGCCAUGCACAUACGAUGUAAAAAUCUUUGGUAUCCCAGUCAAGGCCUUAAUAGACACUGGCUCAGUGGUCUCUAUCAUACCUGUGGGAUUACUUAAGCAGGCCCGCGGCCAAGGGGUCGAUCUGGACAGUGAGGCUCGCAUAGUAGGUGACGGCAAGCAGCGCAAACUGUUCGAUGCGUCGGGAAAUGCAAUGAGCUUUCUCUCGGAAAUAGUUACAGAAGUAACGGUCAUAGGAGCUAGCACGGCUUGCGUUCACAUGCACGUGCAACAGAGCAAAGAUAAUACCUUACUACUAGAAGCUGGCUAUUUCCAUAAAACUUCCCCAAAUGGGCACCAGAACGUGGGUUACGCGACGAAUAGCCGUUCUAAAAAUGGCCUACCUCCUGACACGGCUUUUGCCGAGGGCAGGGUUGUAGUCGCACCAGGCACUGUUGCCACUGUAAAAAUAAAAGGUGGGACUCGCUAG